AUCUCCAGAGAGCACAGGACAGGGAGAUUGGAGGAUCUUGGCUUCAUUUUUAGGGUCUUGAAUUAGGAGAGUUGCUUCUACUUGUUCCCUCUGGCUUUUGGUUCUAAAUAGUCCUUUCCAACUCCUUCUUAGUUCUACAUCUUGCCACAAUCUUCUCCUUACUUAGUCCUUCACUGCUCUUCAGACUUUUCAGUCUUCUGAUCCUUUUCAGUUCCUUCAGUCUUCCCUAGCCACUGCUGUUGAAGCAGCAUGGCGUUUCCCCGAUCUCUAGGAAAAGCUUGGACACCACGGCAAACAUGGUGCUCCUGCAUGAAUCUGUCCCAUCUGGGUUGCUUGGCAGUGUCCCUAGGAGCCCAGCUGUGGCUGGUGCCCUCAUUGUGGCCAUGGUGGAGAAGGCUGAUAAAAGCCCUGCUGCUCCAAAAGCCCUCCUGCCUCCAAGUGGGUGGGGCUCUGCUUGCAGGGGAUGUUUGUUCAUGCCCCAGGAGAAUGGGACUUCCAGUGAUGUCUCUUUACUGAUCUGUGACAUUGCAGAAAAAUGGCAUUUUCCUUUUUUUUUGUUUUUGUGUAAAUCCACCCAUAUGAUGUUUUCUGAAUUCUGGCUUUGAUGCAAAGUGUGGCUACAGUUGCUCUUCAGAAAGAUUAGUAGAAUCACAGGUUUUCCAGUGUUGUUUUCAGAAACUGUCCUGUCUCACAGCCCACCCUGAGUUCCUCUGGGGUCACUCAUUCACUUGUGUCACCACUAGGGACAGUGACACAGGGCAUUGAAAUGUCUGAUGUCACCAGUCAGUGCCUGCAUCAGCCCUGAACUGCCCCUGCAGUCACUGCCAGCUGUGGGGACAUCGGUGGUCAUGCAUAUUGUGUGAGGUCCUGCCCUGAGCCAGCAGCUAGGGCAGAGGGCAGGAGCCCAGGGUGCUGCUGUGGGAGGGACUGGUCAUCCCACAGAUAGCGCUUGAGAUGGUGACUUGCUGGAGACAGCUUAAUUCAGAAGACUUCAGUCAAAGAGGUUUAUGUUUAAGAGCUGUUGAGCUGAAAAGCUCUAAGUUAAGGAAAUAUUAAGUUUUGAAGCUUAACAGCUUGUGAUUUUUUUUAAUUUUUUUUUUUUUUUUAGGGAAAAGUGAAACUAUAGAGGAAUAUAAAUCCAAGGAGCCAAGCCCUAGGAUUUAAUGCAGUGCAAAGGCUGAAAAGUGAAAAGUGGAAUUUCCCACUGGUUUGUGUAGGGCUGUCUGCAGAGGUUGGCCUGUUCUUGCCUCCCUUCAAAAGCAUUCUAGCAGCUGUCGCAUGCUUUCAGAGUGGAGCUGCAGUGCUCCUGGGCACUAGGAUCAAAGAAAGCCCAUGUGUGUCCACCCUGUGCCAGACACUGGAGCAGGGUGGUCAGGCUGGGGGACACAGGGUGGGAGCAGGCUCUGGAAAGGGGCCCUGGGCACUGGAGAGGGGCUGGAUACCCAGGAGAGCAAGGUGUUCAGCCAACCCACUGGUCUGCCCUUUAGCUUGAGAUGUCCAUCAUUGUCAGGGAUUUCAUUUGCCUCAUUGCUCUGCUGAUAAAGCACUGGGAUUUGUUUAUCAGUAUGCUGGAGCUUUUAGAGGAAUCUGAGGUUUCAGUCCCCAAAUCCCAUUGAAAAUCCAAGGGGUGUUCCAGUGGAUUAAAACCUUUGUAAACUCUGAAACCCUGCCUGCUGAAUAAUGCCUGCCUCUCUAAGGUUUCUUUUCUCUUAUAAAGUAAUGAUACACAUCAGAAUAAGGGCUGCAGCAUGCUGGGUUCUCUCUGCAAGGGGCCACGAGACAUCCCUGUGGUCAAGAGCUGGAAGGGAUGCUGCAGUUGCCUCUGUUCCCAGGAUGUCCAGUGAUGUGAUGGAUUCAACCUGUGAUGGCUGAAUCCAAGUACUGACUGUUCUUCACCAUAUUCCUUCUGCAAGACUGUGCCUGGAUGUGGUGGAGCUGAGGCUCAAGUCCUGUCCUCCUGGACAGUUCAGAGUCAAUUUGAGGUGGCUCUUCUGUCAAAUGGCAGUAACUGCAAAGCAUGCCAUCCUUCCCUGAGUGUCAGAAGCGUUCCUUACCUUGGGAUGAAGUUGUCUUUUUGUGUGUAAACUGGAUAAAGGCAGAACAUGCACCCCUAGUCAGUCUGAAAGUUGUCUUUCCUUUUACCAAGGCUUUCAAAUUAAGAAAACCUCUUCAUUUGGAUUUUCUGUAAGAAAAAGUUUGUUUAUAGGAACAACACAAGGCUGGAGAUGCAGAUAACAGGAGCAAACCACACACAGAUUUGCUCACUGGCAGCAGGGAUGGGAUGCAGAGCUGAACUUGGUCUUUGUACAACAUCAGCCCACAUUUUUCAUUUUAAUUUCAAUCUUGGUGUGCCAGAUGCAGCGGGGCCAGAUCCCGGCCAUUCCUGCUGGCUUCUCUUUCACAUUCCAAAGGGGUAUCUGGGGUAGGAAGGCUUCCCAUUCAAGCAUGCUCUUAAGUCCUUGGCCCCAUUGAAUGGGUUCCAUGCUCUGUGAAAUGCCCGCUCCUCGUGGGAUGUGGACCAGUGGAGCAGGGCGAGGGAAGCUCAUUUCACUGGGGGCACCUCCACUGCCCUGCAAGUGAAAGGUCAGGCUGCUCAGACUUUGAUUUCAGCUGCUGAAGGGCAGUCACUAAUCCAAUAAGGCACCGAGGGACUGUAGGACACAGCCUUAAUUCAGGCAGUUGCAAGGGUGAGUGGAAGGCAGUAACCCCAGGAGCUCCCCAGGUGUCCUGCAGUGCAUGCUCCUACCUGGCCCUGUCUUGGUUUAUAAAGUGUUGAGGACAUCAGGAACGUGCUGUGCCAGCCUUCACACCCUGAGCGUGCUGUAAGAAAAAUAAACACCCUUAAAGGUUUUCCAGUGGACAUCAGCUGCUCUGGCUGGAUUUGUGCUGGGAAUCUGAUCACACAGGAGCCUUCAACAGUGGAGCAACGGGUUUGGGUGUGGAGCUUUUAAUAUUAUAUAUAUAUACACAUACACACACACUCGUAUAUAUUCAUAAUAGCACGCCACUAGAUGAUAUUUCUAUUUUUUCAGAGACAUGUAUGAACUGCCUCUUCUCUAUUCUGUGCCCCAUCUGUGUUGUUCAAGACUGGUAGUCUGAAAUUCACCCAACAUUUGUAUUAUUCUCUAGGUAACUAUUUGGAUAUUGAAGAUUUAGGGGUUUUGCCAGACUACUGAGGCACAAAGGAUGGAUCUAUUUUAAAAAAUAACUUUUGUGAUUGCAAAUACAAUAAUUGAAAGAAGAAAACCCUCAUGUGCCCUCUUUAAAACGACCCCUGGUGUUGCCCUGGCAGUUUUUGCUGUUUGAGAUGUCCAGGUCCCUCUGGCCUGUAUGGAUCCAAAUCCUUUGGGUCAUGGCUGUGGGGGCAGCUGUGCUACCAGCACGUGGCUCCUCAGCAUGGUCUGGGCCAGCAUCAGCUGGGAUGAGUUUUUCCAUGCAUAGCUCACAGCUCUGUUGUAGCUGCUGUAAUUUUACGUGCUGUUGGGGCAAUUAAAAUGAUAAAUGUUAGCAGCAGCUUUACAAAUUCCUUUUUGAGCUGUUCUGCUUCCAGCCAGGUGCAGCAGCCCUGGGGCAGCUUGGGUGUAGGGCAGAGCCAUCAGUGACCGUCUGCGGAGCUUUUUACUUGGAGGCAGGUGAUGGAAAAGCCUGAAGAGCAGUCAAAACUCAUGCCCACAGGUGACUGUGAGGGUUUUGGAGGAGUUACUGCCUCUGGCUUUGCAGAACUCCUGUGUGCAUUGGGCAGCAGAUACUGCACUUAGCAAGGCGAGGGGCUGGUGGUGGGCAUGACCCUGUGCUGUGGGUACCUUUCCUGCGGGGCUGAGCAGCACCUACUAGCAUAAGAUGGCACAGGCUGGGCUUCUGCCACCCAAACUGCUUCCAAGAAAUGACGUACUGGUGAUGAUUAGGGAUAUAUGGAAUAUUUUCACAUCUAAGCUAAAUACUGUGAUCUUGUGAGUCCCCAAAUUCUGAAUUGUUCCGGUGUAGGCAUCUUGGUGAGCUCAACUUGUGGCUCUGAUGUUCUUGGCCAUGUGUGAAAGCAGCUUUCAGCUCUGGCAAGGUGCCAUGGGACUGCCAGGACAAGGAUGCAUGGGGCUUCUGAUGUUGGUGACAUCAGCAAUUGACAGCAGGUUGGGUUUUUUUGUUUUUUUGGGUUUUUUUUUUAAACUUGCAGAUCCAUAAGACCAGAAGUGUGAAGUCUGUUAGAUAUAUCACAGACAUGUGUUAGUGCUGGGAAAUUUAUAAGGACUUGCUUUGAUCACUGUUUUAAAACUUAAUGUUUUCUGUGCCUCUUGGGCCUGAAACUAUGGGCCGAAAAGCCCUGUGACUUGAUGCCUGAAGGCUCCCCAGUGAUGAACUCCAGGGAUUAAAGAUGUUGCUUGAUUUGUGGCUGAGAGUGCCGGGGAAGCGAGCACCUGGGUCCCUGCAGAGGUGGGAGCAGCUGGGCCCGACACGCUGCGCUGAUGCACGUUAUUUGAGCGGAGAAUUUGGAAAGCUCAGAGUUCUGAGCUAUGGUUAUGUUCUCACUUAAUAAGGUGUUAACUGACGUUGGGUGCUCUUUGGAGAGUUCGGCUAUGCAUGGAGGUUAACGGUUCCCGGCAUCUUGUCUGCUAUAAACGAGCUUUCAGACAAGAGGAAAGAGUUACCACACGCUAUCAGCGUGUGAUUUUUUUUUUUCCUUAAAAAAGCAAACCCCCAAACAAGCAAAAAACCUCCCCAAAGCUGAGGCGGAGGAAGCCUCUGGGCUUUCCCCGGGGCUGCGGGCGGUGCGGGGCGGCCGCUGGAGGGCAGGCGAGCCGUGCGGAGCGGCGGAGGCAGCGCCGGCAGCCCGGCGCUCUGACCCCGCCGUCCGCGUCCCGCCGGGGAGCGGUGCCGGGCCCAUGGACCGGGCGGCCGCGGCUGUCCCGGCCCGCGAGGGGCCGCUCCGGGGCUGCCGGGCCCCACUGCCGCCCGCCCGGGGCUCGACGGGCACGGGACGCGCUCCUUCCCCGUCGGAGGUAAGGGCGCACCGGAUCCCGGGCAGCCGCGGCCACACGUGUCGGCGGAACGGGGCAGCGGCCGCUGUGCCGGGGGUUCCGAGCCCCUCGCGACCCGGGCGAGCGGCGGCGCCGCCCGCUCUGUCGGGCCGGGGGGGGCUCGGGGGAGCCCGACCCCCUCCCUCACUUACUCUGUAAAAAACGCUUCUGCGGCCGGCGCUGCCCGCGGCCGGGCGGUGCCCCCUCCGCGCAGGCGGUGCCAGCCCCGGGUCCGCCCGGGCGGGUCCCGCCUCCCGCUCCGCGCCCCGCGCAUCGCUAUGCCGCCCGCCCGCAGCGCGCGGAGCGGAGCCCGGAGCGGGGCGCGGCGGCGGCCGAGAGGCUCCAUCCGCCCGGCGGGGCUGGCCCGGCCCGGGGAGACGCGGGGGGGCACUUGCUGAUGAUCGGAAGUUACUGACAAUAAGCACCUUCAUCCCCCCAAAGGCGGAGAGAGGGAGAGGAGGAGGAGGAGGAGAGACAGGCGGAGAGGAGAGCUGAUGCCUGACGAGUCACUCGGCGGAGGCAGAGCGGGCGGUACCACAACUUCCCGGCGGCGCGGAGCGGCGCGGAGCAGCGCGGCGCGGAUCGGAGCUCGCCGGCCGGAUCGCUCCCAUGUCAGCGCGGCGGCGGGGGACUGCGCUCCGCUAGCGACCAGCCGCCGGCCAACCCCCUCCUCGCCCAGCGAUGUAUUCACUGCUCUCAGCCUGCACUUGCCUAUGUUUACAUUUCCUGCUGCUCUGCGUUCAGGUACAGAUGUUUGCUGCUGAGGAGAACGUGGAUUUUCGGAUACAUGUGGAGAAUCAGACGCGAGCGAGGGACGAUGUGAGCAGGAAGCAGCUUCGGCUCUAUCAGCUCUACAGCAGGACAAGUGGAAAGCACAUCCAGGUGCUCGGCAGGAGGAUCAGUGCCAAAGGAGAAGAUGGAGAUAAAUAUGCCCAGCUUCUAGUGGAAACAGACACUUUUGGAAGUCAAGUCCGGAUCAAAGGGAAGGAGACAGAUUUCUACCUUUGCAUGAACAGGAAAGGCAAGCUAGUGGGGAAGCCGGAUGGCACCAGUAAGGAGUGUGUCUUCAUUGAAAAAGUCCUAGAAAACAACUACACAGCACUGAUGUCUGCAAAAUAUUCAGGCUGGUAUGUUGGAUUCACCAAAAAAGGGAGGCCACGGAAAGGGCCCAAGACCCGGGAAAACCAGCAAGAUGUACACUUUAUGAAGAGAUACCCAAAGGGGCAAAUGGAGAUACAGAAACCUUUCAAGUACACAACAGUCACCAAGAGGACUAAGAGAAUACGACCCACCAACCCCAGCUAAAACCAGACAAAAAUAGUGUCACAAUAAGAAACCACAAAAAGAAAAAAAAAAAAAAAACUGCACCAGAGGAAUAUUUUUACAUUAAAAAUAAGGAAGAAGCUCUAUUUUUGUACAUUGUGUUUAAAAAAAAUAAAAAUAAAAAAAAUUAAUAAAAGACUAGAUGGCAAAUGCUGGGGAAAGCUGUUCGGGAUUUAUUGUGACUUGAAAAAUGAAAUUAACUGCUCUAUUUAAAUUGACUUCUUGUUGUUGAUGACACACAGGUGCUUCUUUUGCUUUUUUUGGAAAGGACAACUUCUCAAGCUUAUCCCCAGAGGGGAAAAAAAACGAUUAAAAAUAAAUAAAUAAAACCAAAGAAAACCAAAGUUCUUUCCCAAAGUUACUGAGACCCUGCCCCGCCAAGUGCCGGUUGGCAGUAGUCUAUUUAUUGCCUGCUGCUCACCGGCCAGGACAGGCGGUGGGAGCUGCAGGGACGAGGCCCGUGGAGCUCCCGGCGCACCGAUCCUCUGUAACCCUCCUGACGACAUAGGGAGUCACGGCUCCGUGAUCCUGCAUCCCGCUCACUUCUGGAGAAUGCUGCUAACUACAUUCAAGUGACUACAAGAUGACCUAGUACACCAAUGAUAAGGGAAUAUUUUAAAACCAGCUAUAUUAUAUAUAUUAUAUAUAUAUAAGCUAUUUAUUUCACCUCUCUGUAUAUUGCAGUUCCAUGAACCAAGUAUUACUGCCUCAACAAUUAAAAAAAAUUAUUUAAAACACAUGUA